CGUCGGGAUCCCUAGUAGAUACUGAGUAAUUACCCCACAACGAAAUAAAAUAAUUAAUAUCUGCAGAUUCAAAGGGUCAAAGAAAAAGAAGAAGCAAAAAGAGAGAGAAACAAGAAACAUAGAAUCAAAUCAAAACAAAAGAAAAAGUCCUCCAAGAAGUAUCUUUAUUGUUUUUCUAUCACCAUGGGUAAAACUGCGCCCCUCAAGAAUAAGGCUUCGACCUCAGUACGUUCUCGCGCCGCAAAACGUGCGUCAUCUCCAAGUAUCGACACCGAUAAGUCUCUCAAAAAUGUCAAGGCUCCAGCAGAAACAGUAUACAACCCACAAAUCCUAUCUCCACAUCAAGGUGCCGGUGUGUCGAAGAAGAAGAGUGGAAGACAAUUGAGUUCAAAGGCAAAGAAGCGACAAAACAAGGGAAUGGAUCGAGCAGAAGCGGUAAUGGAUAGAACGUCCACGAAAAUCGAGAAGAGCAAAUAUAGAGGAAGAAAUGUUCAAGAAAGAGCAAAGACGUGGGAAGCUUUAAACAAAAAGGCACAGGAAGCUGUUCAAGCAGCAAUGGACAAGGAGAAUGAGGAGAACGAGAUCUCUGAGGAAGAGGGGGAUGUCGACGUCGAGGAUGAUCAAUCGCAAGGAGAAAUUGAAAUGGAUGGUACUUCAGUUGCUCCAGUUGCUCCUGCUGCACUCCAAUCAGCUCCGUUACCUACACCAGCGGAGGACGAAGAAGAGAUCCUAUGAGUUUAAGAGGGGAAACUUAUAUUUGCAUGGCGAACUGGCGUACCAAGGAAGGGAAAAGGAUUUUUCACGCUCAAAAUUAUGACUUUGAUACCAAUAAAUCAUGAAGGGUUGAUUUGAUAGAAAUAUGGGACGAUCGGACUGCAACCAAGUACUGAGAUGAGAAGUUCUGUAGGAUGGCAAACCAUAUAGCUGCAGAGCUCUGAAUGGUGGAAGAGAAGCAAUUCACAGAUACAGGUUUGUGGUCUGUGGAACUUUAUAGUAUGAGAAUACAAUCUAUGCGCUCAAGAUUUGACUGCAAUGUCAAAUGUAAACCGCAGAUUUCCUCGAGAAGAAUAUCACCCCAUUAUAUUUGGCCUCAAAAAUUACAUAACGUAAGCUAUAAACCAUAAGUUAUAUGAAUUAACAUUAUAUUUCGAAAAGGU